AUGAAGAUUCCAUUCUUUCGAUCCUCACGAGAGGAAUCAUUCAACAGCGAUGAUGUCUUUUCUUCCUACAAAUCUCAAAGAGAAGGUUCUGGUCGUGAUGUCGGGAAGAGUUUAAAACAUUCUGAAAGUUCUUUGUCAUCAACAAAUUCGACCACUCAAUCAGAUCCAUUGUCCACUUCCUUUACGACUAAUUCGCCAACAACUACAAGAACCACCUCACAACGUCGAAUGAGUCAAAGAAUUCAAUCCUUUUCGCCGAGACAUUCCAUCAAAUUACUUGUCAAUGCAUUUGCUGCUUUGAACAACAAUACAGAACUUUCUUUCGAAGAGAAAGCAGUGUUGGCACCGAGGAAUGUGGUGAUUGAUUUUUCAAAUGAGAAGGACGUGUUGGAUUUUUUCACAAAGUGUGAUCAUAAAGAAUAUUCUUUGGUGACUUGUUUGGAGAUGAGAAAUGUGAGUUACAUGUUGCAAAGAGUGAAUGAAUUUUAUGGAGAACGAAAAAAGAAGAGAUUUUUUAAAAAAUCUGCUGAAAAGAUUAGCAGAUUGAAGAAGUUAAGAAAAGAGAGCAUGUCUGUUGGAAAUUUAGAUAUUGAAACCUCUCAAAAAAAGAAAAAGAAAGCAAUUCCGCAUCAAUCAUUUUUUGACAAUUUACCAUGUUUAGAAAAGAUGAUUUGCAUGGAUGUGGAGAAGGGAGAUGUCAGUAUAUCUUCGUAUGCUGAUAUUUGUGAGUAUAUUACCAGCGGAUCCACACUCUCUCAUUUAACAUCUAUUGAUUUUAUCUCCUCUCGAAGAUCGAUCAGCACGGAAGGUUGUCUACAUUUGACAAAUGGAAAAAUACCAAACCUUAAAACCUUAAAUUUGAGUUUAGGUUACGGUGGUGAAGAGGUUUCGAAUAAGAUCGACUCGGAAGGAUGCUCUUUUUUAGCCAAUGGUAAUCUCUCACAAUUAACUCAGUUGAAUUUAAGUGGAAAUCCAAUUCAAGGAAGUGGAUGUAAAUAUUUAGCGAAUGGCCAUUUGAAGAAUUUAACGAACUUGGAACUGAAGUCUUGUCGAAUUGACACGAACGGUUGUUUGUUUCUAGUGAAUGGAAACUUACCAUACAUGUCACAUUUAGAUGUGUCAUACAAUUUAUUUAUCGGAGAGGGAGCUAAAUACUUUGGAAGUAGUAAGGCACUCUCCAAUUUGGUUUCUCUCAAUCUUGCUGUUUGUGAUAUUUCAAGUGACGUAUGCGCAGCUUUGGCCAGUGGUAAUUUAACAAAUCUAACCUUUUUGAAUAUAUCUUUCAAUACCAUACAAAAUGAAGGAUGCAGAAUGCUUGCCCAAACAUCGAAGGCAUUUCCAAAUCUGAAAGAAUUGAGAGCCACUAACUGUCAAAUUGAAUCCGAUGGAUUCUUGUACCUAACAAACGGAAAUUUACCUAAACUUGAAAAGCUCGAUCUAAAAUCCAACAAAAUUCAAGACGAAGGGUGCUCAAAUUUAUCGAGUAAUAACCUUCCAAACUUGACUCAUUUGAACCUCAGUUCAAACAUGUUGGGCCCUCUUUCAUGCAAAAACAUUGCGUCAAUGCAUAACAUAACUCGAUUAUGUCUUGCGAGAAAUGCAAUUGGAACUUCAGGAUGCAGAUAUUUAAGCAAGGGGUCCAUCGCUCAAUCUCUGGAGUAUAUGGAUUUGGAUUCAAACGACAUUCGAAGUGGAGGAUGUCACUAUCUUGCAUCAGGUGCAUUUCACAAUCUUAACAUCUUAAUAUUGCUGGACAACAAAAUUGAGAAUGAUGGGUUCAGAAUGAUCACCGAAUCGCAAUCAUUCGCCAAGUUAGUGGAAUUGCACGUAAUCGGAAAUGAUGAAAAGAGAUCACCCAGAUCCCCUCGAAGUGCUACUUCUCAAUUCGCGAAGAACAAUAUUGAUUUUAUGGAAUUGCUGACUGCAAGCAAUGAGCGCAAUAUUCAAAUCUAUUAA